AUGGCCUUCCUGCCUACUGCAGCCCACACAGGUCACAUCCUAGGGGAAGGGACAGGAAUGGAAGGCAGCCUUCACAGGCUACUUGGGGACUGUCAAGUCCCUGUGACCCUGAAGUCCAGGACAGUGGAGCAACGGCUGCGUGGCCGAGACCCUUCUUGGAAGCCUAACAGCUGGCUUACGCCGGAGCCUCUAGGACCCGGCGGAGGCCGGCCGCUGUCCCCGGGCCGCGCGAGUGAGCAUGUGCAGACUGGGCGCCCGUUCGCCCGCUCCGCGCCCGCCGCUCGCUCCACUCCGCGCCCGCGGCUCAGCUCGGAGCCCGCCGGCUCCGCCACUGCUCAGCGCGGAAGUCCGCAACCUAGAGGAACUGUGCGGCGUGGGCCUGGGAGCGUUGGUGUGCUCGCUACGGGCGCUGGGGGCGUGCGGGCGUCUGGGCUCCGGGCACUGCGGGGCUGCGGGCUCGGCGCCCCGGAAGGCGGGCGCCCCAGCCGGCAACGAUCGCGGGGUGGAGAUAUUCGCCAGAAUCUGCUCCCCCUCUCUCGUUCCGUUCCCAAGCCAGGCUUCCGGUCAGCGCAGGGUUUUCUCCAGUCUCUCGGUGAACUUGAACACAGGCAGAGACAAAACCGAAACUUUUCAGCCCUACAGCCUUACCCUGGGACGCGGCCCACACACUCCAUCGCAGGCUACUUUCCAGACAGAAUGGACACACUCGGGACACCACUGUACUUUUGUCACCUCAUCUCUCCUGUUACCGCAGAGGGCACCUUCUGGACCAGUGGCCUGUUGCUAAAUGUGGGUCUCAGUUCAAGCAGUUCAGCCCGGAAAGUGCAGCACAACCAGAAGAUAGACGGGAGGUGGAGUCACAUGACUGAAUCCCAGAGGCCAGCACUGGCUAGCCUUGGUGAUUCUCCUCUCUGGUCUGUUCCCCUCCUGUUUCUGCUGCCACUCCUAGUGCUCCAACCCCAACUUGGCCCACAGGUUCCUGAGACUGACGAGGGCCAGGAGAACUCAGGGAUGGAGGAGACAGUGACUCUUAGGCAGAAACUACCAUCACGGGGCUUGUGGCUGCUGGAGAAAAGCAAUGGUGACAUUUGAGAUGCACAGGGACUG